AAGUUGUUGGUCUGUUCCACUGCAGACUGAAGAGGGGACAAUUAGGAAUAAAUGUUAAAUAGGGGAGAGGGUUUGCAAAACAUGUUUAUCAAUCAGUGACUUAUUAGAUUUCACAGUCAACACCAUGAUAUGUUAUGUAGCUGUAAUUAAUGAGAGGGAUCAUGUUUUAGUUUCUUGCUCUCAUUACACACCCUGUGACAUGGACUGGCCGAGACUGUCUUGUGCGGUUUGAAGUUUUGAAAUUUAGCGGUAUACAACAGCGUAUACAAGCAACAUGGCAGGACGCGCAAUGACGUUUCUCUUGUCUUUGCUGGCGGUUUUUUCAAACGCUCUAACAGCAGUGAUCCAAACACAGCAGACUGUGCUGGCAGCAGUGGGAGAAGAUGCUGAAUUCAGCUGUCAGCUCUUGGAGACUAAAGACGUCCUUCAGGUCACAUGGCAGAAAAUCUCACAUGAUGUUGAGGAGAAUGUUGCCACCUACAGCAAGCAGUUUGGUCAGAGAGUGAAUGAUGGCUUUAUAGAUAAAUUUGAGUUUAAACAUACUGGACUGCAGAACUGCUCCAUAGUCAUCAGGAAUGUAACAGAGCAGGAUGAAGGCUGCUAUCACUGUCUGUUUAACACAUAUCCCGAAGGCUCCUUCACUGGUAGAACCUGCCUCCAAGUCUAUGAGCUGCAUGAACCUGUUGUUGAUGUCAGAGAGUCAAACUCUACUGAAGAGUGGGUUGUUUCCUGUUCAGCCACUGGUCGACCUGCUCCCACUGUAACACUCAGUGUCUCACAACAAGACCUCAACUUCACACAGUACAACACUGUCAGUGUGUCCAACACCAACGCUACAUUCACUGUCACCACUACAGCUGUGCUCUCAGGUUCACGUAAACACAGCACACAGGUGGGAUGUGCAGCACGAGUGCUCUCUGCUCCUCACAGAGAGGUGAUGGUGACGAUUCAUGAGGUCCAACAUACGUCUGAUCAUGAAUAUGAUUCCUCCUGGAUAAUUGUAUUUACUGCAGUAGCGGUCCUUCUUUGUGUAAUUCUACUCUUCAGUGUUCUGGUUAAAGAAAAAGACAAGAAGAGGGACCUUGAGAAGAGCAAAACACCACAAAAGUCAAACAAUAAGAUUGAUGGGAACAAAACACGUUUAAUCAAGACAGAGCGAGCGGGGUCAGACAAUGAACACCAAAUAACAACAGCCCAACAAAUGAUCCCCUAAAACCACCAACAGCAAGAAAACUUGAGCUGAAACUUAUAGUUAUGCCUCAUGUGGUGAGAGUACACAGUCAGUUUCUGGAGAAUGAAGGAAGUGAUAUAAGCAUGCGAGGGUCACACAAACUGAUGAACACCAUUUUGACUUGUGAUAAUGAAACUGACAAACCUGCUGCAUCAUUUUUCACUUUGAGUUUUUCAUUAUUAACACAUCAUGAAGUCCAUAUCAGUAUCGAUAUCAAGUAUGAUUAUUUUCCUUUUGAGAUCUGAUGUGUUUUCAAGGUGUUCCUUUAAUUUGUGAUCAGCACACACACACACACACACACACACACACACACACACACACACACACACACACACACACACUUUAGUCUCCCUAUCAGGUUUUGAUUUUGGCAGGGUGAUUGCUAAAUCUUGCUUCUUUUCUUUUUCAGACAUUCUGUUAUAGAUUUGCUGCUGUGGGAUCAUUGUUCCAUUGUGUGAAGUAUUUGCCAUGUCAAAUUUAAAUUUGAUGCACAACGGUAUUGAAUUGUAAUUGAAAAUGAUUAUAUUAAUGCUUUCUGGCAUUUUGCUGAGAUUUGCUGCUGUGCUUGGGAUUGUUAUGCUGCUGCAAGAACUUCAUGUAAAAUUUUAACUGUUUUUUUUUUUCUAUGUGCACGACUUUAUUCAAGUAUGUGCUCUCAGUUUCAUGUAACAACAGCACACCGAUGGGAUGUGCAGAACGAGUGCUCUCUGUUCUCAGAGAGAGGUGAUUGUGACGCUUCCUGAAGAUGAAGAAGACAAUCAUGAGAAAUUCUUUCAAAGUCAUUGAUUAUGAUAAAUGAUUACACAGUAAUUUUAAUGUUUGGAUUUCUUUUACUAGGUUUGGAUGAAAAGUCUGGAUCUAUCACCAGAGAGUUUAGUAUCUUAGCUUUUACAUACUUAGUCCUGUUCAGUUUGUUUUACCUUUAUAGGGCUUGAAUUUAUUACGUCUUUCUCCCUCUUUUUCAUAAAGAAAGAUAUUAAUAAUUGCAUCUGUGGUUGUGACCUGUG